GGGUUUUCCAAUUAAGACUUUAUUUGAACAACAAAACAUAGUCACAUGAAAAUAUAAAUAAGGUAAAAGGAGCAGUGUAGUCAUUAUUAUCUAAAACAAUAUUUUUUCAAAUUGUAGGUUGCCAGUCAUUCUUUGCUGGGUCAUAAAAUAAAUUUAUUUGGUUGGGACCGUACUUUACCAAAUAAUAAUAACAAAAUCAACAGGAGAGAAAAAGGCAAAUAUCAGUGUAUAUUGCAGGUAAUAAAAUAGAUGUUUUCAUAAAAUUUUUGCAGAAAAAAUGUAUGUAUGCACUACAUGUCAAUGUAAAGUGUAUGGCUUACUACAAGACAGGGUUAAAAAAAUGUUUGAAAGACUCAAUACAGAUGAUUAUAGAAGAAAGUUAAUAUUAAGUUGAAUGAUUAAGGAAGGUUUUUGGAGGCUACAAGUACAUAAAUAAAGCUUAGAGGGGAUGGUAUGCCUUUUCAGAUGAAAAGCUGCAUGAAAUAAUUCUGUAAUUGUGAACUAUAACCAUAUGAGAAAGUGAAAUGUAUAGAACCAGCUUAUUCUUGAAUGACUACCCCAGGACCAAUUAUCUUUCCAGAAACUUCUAGGAAACAUAUGACCAAUAUCUAACUAAAUCGAGCUCUGAUGCCACAAAGGGAAACUUAACAGAGUUGUUCCUGUGAAGUAUACCCCACUAGAAGGGUGGUUCAGAAUAUUCUUCUGUCCAAUUGCGUGUUUCAAAUAUUUAUGUAUUUAAGAUAUUGAAUUUUUUUUUAAUGUGAACUAUCUAAAGAUUCACCUCAAUAAAUUGAAAGUGAUAUUUUUCCCCUGUGUCCCUUGUAUUAGAUUCACUUGUGACUUCAUUGGACAGUGUCUUCUCUGAGCUCUAUGGUCUAAUAUGUAUUGAACAAAAAUUCAAGGACUCAGAACAACUGAUUUAUUUUAGCAUUUCUUUUUAAUACAAAAGAAGGAAAUAAAAGAAUAAAAGCAGUCGGGGUGGCCUCUGGAGAAGGGGAGCUGUUGUUGCAGGAAUCUUGCAAGUUAAUGAGAAUUCACCCGGGACUCAAGAGGGAUGGAGAGAGGGGGAGAAAGGAGGAGAUGGGGGAAUGGGGUGGGGGGAUAAAAACUCUUCCUUUGCAGCUGGCCCUUUCCCUCAUUUGUUGCUCCAAUAAGCAGUAAUUAGGUCCUGAGCUAAUGGUGUCAGCUGAUCUGCUGUUUUUAGGCUAGACCCAGAGGAAUCUCCAUGGAAACCCUGCUGGAGUCGUCCCCCCACCUGGAUGCCUCGUGCUCGUUUCUGCCACCUGGCUGCCGCCGGGCCCGCUGCUACCUCCUUCUGCCUCUAACCUGCAGCCUGCAGCAUGCGCACUGCCCCCGGGAUCCCUAAAUGGGACAAUUCUGCCCGUGACGUCAGCGCCCAGCCGUCUCCACAGAAACUUUUGUCCCAUUGGCCAAUCAGAGAGCUUGGAAGGGGCCGGGGAGGGUGGGGGGAGGAGAGGGGAGUGGGAGGGGUGGGGGUGAGGGGAGAGGCGAGAGGUUUAGUGUGUGGAGCUGCCUGCGCUCCGCCCGGGCUGUCAGUCCCGGCUCCAGCCGCCGCGAGACCUUCCCGGAGACGCGCGCACACACAGCGCACCCCCUGCACACCGCACACCCUCGCUCCCUUGCUCACACACACGCACACAUUCAGCCUGGCCGAGCAGGAGCCACUGACCAUUUUGCAAGUGCCAGGACCAGCUACAGCGCGGUGAGCGCAAACAUCUCGCGUUCCCUUUCCGGGCUUUAGUCUGGGAGACUACGACGAGGGAAGAAGGUGGGCUCGGACGCAGCCCAGGCGCCGGGCACUGGUCGGGCCGUUUUCCUGUCACAGCCGCUCCCCGGGACGGGCGCGGGCCUCGGCUGAGAGUAGAAUAAAGAGGAGCUGCCGCAGCCGCCGCGCGAGGAGGAUGGGAACUCCCCUAUUUCCAGCUCUGGAAACAAAUGGAUGGAAGUCCUGAAUGGAGCAACUGCUGACUUCAUCUGCUUGGAAAAAUAGUCCAGAGGAACUCAUAUUUGGCUACUCAGAGCAGUGGAGGGGGUGUCCAUGACGUGGCAGGGGGAAAAUAGACAACUGAAACCUCCCGUGUGAACUGCAAACUGUGACCAAGCAAGGGGAAAAUGAUCUUUCUCUGUAUAUUUUAAUUUCGUGCAAAGGGUUUCAAGCAUCUGUAUCCUAAACUUACUUCUAUGUCUUGUUCAGCAGAAACCAGAGGAGUCCUGUCUGGGGGUCCCAUCAUUAUUCGGGAUACCCGCCGCCAGCGGCCUGCCUUCGGUUACCCACAUCCCCCUGGAACGGAUAUCUGUUUGGGGCACUACAAUCUAUCCUGUAGAACUAUGGCCAAAUCUCCAUCAAUGCUUUGCUAAUUUCUGGGACUUAACUCGUAGAAUCUACAUACAGGGCUGGAAUUUAUUCAAAAUGCAUCUGAAGAAAUGACAUUUUAAACCAUUUUUAAAAAUAUCUUGAUAAAAAAUUCUGUAAAACAGAAUUUGAUAGGUUUAAAAACAUGACAGGUAAGAACUUUCUCUCUUUCUAGUCCCUUAACACCCGUCGUGGGGAAGGUCAAAGCAGGACCCAGGAGGAAGGAGAGAUCCGGGACCCGUGUGCCCUUCGGGGCUCAAAGGCGCUGGGCGGGCGGCUGCUUUCGGGAGAGGCUCAGCCCUCACUCCUGGACCACGGGGCCAGUGGCUGGGGAAGCUUCUGGGGCGCGCGCGGGGAGGCGGCGCUGCGCUCCACCUGCCCAGCCCCGGACGCAGCCCGGGGGCGAGGCGUCUAGGGACCACCCCAAUUCAAUAUUGGGAUUUUUAAUAAACCAAGGAAUGGGAUUUUAAUUAUUCAAAACCCAGCUCCUCUGGGCCAGAAUGGUGUUGGGAUGGUCCUGGUCACAAAAUAUUAAAGAGACCGACCGCUAAGGGAACAGGAAAAACGUCCGAGACAGCUGUUGCAAUUACGAAUGGACCAGACUUGGUAGCACAGGGCAUUGAUUGCUGGUGCCCAACCGGACCCUCCUCCCCUCUUCCCAUCCCUUCCCCCACCCAAAGCAGGCUCCCGCGGCGGCCAGGACCUCGCAUCCCUGCAACGUGGCCGGGGCUGCAUUUUUCAUGAGCCCAGGGUGAACAGGUGCGAAGUGCGCUGGGAGCAUCCGGCCAGGGGCCGGGCGCGGGGAACAUGGAGAGCGAGCGCGACAUGUACCGCCAGUUCCAGGACUGGUGCCUCAGGACUUACGGGGACUCAGGCAAGACCAAGACGGUGACCCGUAAAAAAUACGAACGGAUCGUCCAGCUCCUCAAUGGCUCCGAGUCAAGCUCCACGGACAACGCCAAAUUUAAAUUCUGGGUCAAAUCGAAGGGCUUCCAGCUGGGCCAGCCGGACGAGGUCCGCGGGGGAGGCGGCGGCGCCAAGCAAGUGCUCUACGUGCCUGUCAAGACCACGGAUGGCGUAGGGGUAGAUGAGAAGCUGUCUUUACGACGGGUAGCUGUGGUUGAAGAUUUCUUUGACAUUAUUUAUUCGAUGCAUGUGGAAACGGGGCCAAAUGGAGAACAAAUUCGGAAACACGCUGGACAAAAGAGAACUUACAAAGCAAUUUCAGAGAGCUAUGCCUUCCUACCAAGAGAAGCGGUGACACGAUUUCUAAUGAGCUGCUCAGAGUGCCAGAAAAGAAUGCAUUUAAACCCAGAUGGAACAGAUCAUAAAGAUAAUGGAAAACCUCCCACUUUGGUGACCAGCAUGAUUGACUACAACAUGCCAAUUACCAUGGCCUACAUGAAGCACAUGAAGCUGCAACUGCUAAACUCACAGCAAGAUGAGGAUGAAAGUUCAAUAGAAAGUGAUGAAUUUGACAUGAGUGAUUCAACACGGAUGUCAGCUGUGAACUCUGAUCUUAGCUCCAAUCUUGAAGAAAGAAUGCAAAGUCCCCAGAAUCUUCAUGGCCAGCAAGAUGAUGAUUCUGCUGCAGAGAGCUUUAAUGGCAAUGAGACUGUGGGGCACAGUUCAAUUGCUUCAGGGGGAACACACAGCAGGGAGAUGGGAGACUCCAACAGUGAUGGCAAAACUGGGCUGGAGCAAGAUGAACAGCCACUGAACCUGAGUGACAGUCCCCUCUCUGCGCAGCUAACUUCGGAAUACAGAAUAGAUGAUCACAACAAUAAUGGGAAAAACAAAUAUAAGAAUCUUCUAAUUUCUGACCUCAAGAUGGAACGAGAGGCGAGAGAAAAUGGAAGCAAGUCUCCUGCACAUAGUUACUCCAGCUAUGACUCUGGCAAAAAUGAGAGUGUAGACCGAGGAGCUGAGGACCUCUCACUAAACAGGGGAGAUGAGGACGAAGAUGACCAUGAGGACCAUGACGAUUCAGAGAAAGUUAAUGAGACAGACGGCGUUGAAGCCGAGCGGCUGAAAGCUUUUAAUAUGUUUGUCAGGCUGUUUGUAGAUGAAAACUUGGACCGAAUGGUCCCAAUCUCUAAGCAGCCCAAAGAAAAGAUCCAGGCUAUCAUUGACUCAUGCAGGCGACAAUUCCCUGAGUAUCAAGAGCGUGCCAGAAAACGUAUACGUACUUACCUCAAGUCCUGCAGGCGGAUGAAAAGAAGUGGUUUUGAGAUGUCUCGACCUAUUCCUUCCCACCUUACUUCAGCAGUUGCAGAGAGUAUCUUGGCUUCAGCUUGUGAGAGUGAGAGUAGAAAUGCCGCCAAGAGGAUGCGUCUGGAGAGACAGCAGGAUGAGUCUGCUCCAGCUGACAAACAGUGUAGACCGGAGGCGACCCAGGCCAGUUACUCAACAUCAGCUGUUCCAGGCUCACAGGACGUGCUGUACAUCAAUGGAAAUGGGACCUAUAGUUACCAUAGUUACAGAGGGCUAGGAGGGGGUCUGCUAAAUCUGAAUGAUGCAUCCAGCAGUGGACCCACUGAUCUCAGCAUGAAGAGACAAUUGGCGACUAGCUCAGGAUCCUCCAGCAGCUCAAACUCCAGACCCCAGUUGAGUCCAACUGAAAUCAAUGCCGUGAGACAGCUUGUUGCAGGAUAUCGAGAAUCAGCUGCAUUUUUAUUGCGAUCUGCAGAUGAACUGGAAAAUCUCAUUUUACAACAGAACUGAGACAGACGACCACCAUAAUCACUGAGGUCUAAAUUUGCAGUUUCCACUAAUGACAUUUUGAUUUCCCAACAGAGAUACUUCUGGUCUUACUGCACAGUCUUUUAAGAGAAAUACUUUCAUUAUGCCACGUUGUCCUUGAUCCAUAAGUGAUGUGUUAAGGUGCUUCAAAGGAACUCUGACCUCUGAAGUACUUGAGAUAUUUUAAUGUGUCCAGCCUAUUGCUUUUUGUUUUAGUGUGUCAGCAUAAAUAUCAGGGGCAUAAAAGGCUAUCUAUUCUUAAUUCAAGGAUAAAACAGAAGAAGCUUGUGGUAUAAAACAAUAGUUCAAGAUCCAGCUGAAAUAUUAGUGGAAUUUGCUACUGACUCAUUGGACUGAAAGCUGAAGUAUCUGGCAAAAAAAAAAAAAAAAAAAAAAAAGCCAAAUUUCUUGUUGCUACAGGAUAUAACAACAAUGAAAAGGAUCUUGUAUUUUAAAAAAAUAUGUAAUUUUUAUAAAAAGAAAACUUGUUUUUCAUUCAAACUUGUCAUUUUUACUUUGGUAACUUUUUCAUAGGUCCUAAAAGAAAACUGUUUUGAGAAACUACUGUAAGUACCUUUUCCACAUCCCUUUGCCUUCUCCUCUUUCCAAAUUCUUUCUACAAAAAUAACACUUGAUGCUGGAAAAACCCUUGCCUAUGUUCUUUCAAUCGUCACAUCAGGAACUACUUCCAAGAGAAGCCUGCAUUUCUGCUCUUAUGCUGAUCUCAAAAACCCCACUCAACACUGCAACUUUAUCAUAGCAGUUUUCAUCCCAGAAUGUUUUUUAAUAAUGACAAGACAUAUUGUUGAAAAAAAAUCACACAUUGGUUUCUUAGAGCUGCUCGUUCCUGAUUGCCGCUGCUGUCUCCAGGCAUCCCGCUAGCAGCACCUGGAUGUAGAUGACUGAAUGUUAAGAGGUUGCAAGUGACAAUCUGAAAAUUUGCACUCUUGUGUGUAGUUUUCUUUUCAUUUCUUUCAGAAAUAGUUUCCAAAAAGACCAUUACAUCUCCUGAUAUGAUUUGUAUAAUUUUCAGUUCUAGCUAAAAAUAAUGUAAAGAACUCUCAGCGGAUGCAGCUGCAACUUACAAUGAACUGUGCCCUCCUAUCCCCCAUACUUUACCCUUCUUUCUUAUUUUAUAGUGUGGGAUACACAUGAGUGAUGUUUUCUUUGUGCACUGAGGCAAGUCUAUUUUUAAAAUAUUUAGGGAGAAGUACUUUAGUUCAUGCUUCUUAUACAACUUUUUUCUGUUGUUUAGUUUUGGUUGGAUUACAAAUUCUUUGUGCAUUCCUGAAUUUGCCUUAUUUCAUGUAAAAUUUAUGUCAUUCAGUUUUUGACAAUGAGUUUGAGGCAUCAGUGAUAUUUCUUAUCUACUUGUUACAUAUAGUUUUUCAAGUAAUGACUGUGAUUGUGACCAAGUAAUGUGCACUUUUUCUUGUAACUGUGGACAUUGCCAUGCUUUUUUCUUCUAGUGUUUCUAGAAUUACUGUUCCUUACAAUUAUGUAAACAAAAAACAAAAAAAACUUUUGUGAUACUGUUGGUGAAUAUAAUGUGAAAAUCUUAUUGAAAUAUGAGUAUUUUGGAAAUACAUAGCUGCACAAACAUCUUUUAAGAUGUGGAUUUAGAGUUUGCUUAUUUAAAUGAAAAUUCAAAAAUUGAGGGCUGGUAUAAUUUUCUCUGUUUUGUUUGGUUUAAUAAACAGAUUUCUGUGUUAAAA